UGCCCCCCAUCCCGCCCCAGGGCUCCAGGGCCACUUGGGAAGCUCAGCUUUGCCAAGCGCCCCCGGCCAGUGAGAGCGGCGCAGCCGAGUCGGCGCCCCAGAAGCCGAGGGGUUACACAAGUCUACGCAGAGAGGCGCACCGGACACGGUAAUUAGGAGCAAUUCACACGCUCUCGGGCGCACGGAAACUACUUGUCACGAAAGUUUCAACGCUCCUCCUCGCCCACUUUUUUCCACUCCUUUCCUGGCGCGCCCCCUCCCCUCCCAGAGCACACAGAGGAGCUUUUGGAGUUUCGAAUCUUUCGGACACUGUAGAAUGCGGGGCUCCCCGGGCGCGGGCCCGGCCAAUCAGAGUGCCGUCUGCCUCCCCUGGCCAAUGGCAGGCGCCACAUUGUUGUCCAAUUCUGUCUAAUGGAGCCCUAAGGAGCAACAAUAGAGCGGGCGAGCCUCUCAUUGAGAGUCUGGCAGUGCGGGGCAACUGGGCCCCGGCUGCGCGCAGCGUCCAGCGCGCUCAGCGAGGGGACCCGGCACUGCGAGAGUCAGGUUGCGGGUUCCAACCAGGCGGCCGGCAGAGGAGCCUCCGACCCGGAUCUCUGAAGGAAGGGUUGGACUGCGCUACGUUCUGAGGGGUCCGGAAGUUCGGACAUGGUGACUGAAGGAGGGUGACGUGGUCAGAUAAGGGGCCGGGGGCAAAGGGAAGAGGCCAAGAGCGCCAGCGUCGCCAGUGGAGCCGGGAGGCGCGUGCAGCGCCAGCGGAGGAGGAUCCCGGAACCCAAGGCAGGUCCUGUCAUGGAGCUGCGCUCGGAGCUGCCCAGCGUGCCCGGCGCGGCGACGGCAGCGGCGGCUACAGCGACUGGGCCGCCCGUGGCGUCGGUGGCGUCGGUGGCGGCCGCCGCGGCAGCCGCCGCAUCGCUACCGGUAAGCGUGGCAGGCGGCUUGCUGCGGGGGCCGCCACUGUUGCUGCGGGCAGCCGAGAAGUACCCGCGGACCCCCAAGUGCGCGCGCUGUCGCAACCAUGGCGUGGUGUCUGCACUCAAGGGCCACAAACGCUACUGUCGCUGGAAGGACUGCCUGUGCGCCAAGUGCACGCUCAUCGCGGAGCGCCAGCGUGUCAUGGCGGCGCAGGUGGCGCUGCGCAGGCAGCAGGCGCAGGAGGAGAACGAGGCGCGCGAGCUGCAGCUGCUCUACGGUACUGCCGAGGGGCUGGCGCUGGCCGCAGCCAACGGCAUCAUCCCCCCGAGGCCCGCCUACGAGGUCUUCGGUUCAGUGUGCGCCGCCGACGGCGGGGGACCCGGAGCGGGAGCGCCUGCGGGGACCGGAGGUGGAGCAGCUGGCGCAGGCGGUUCAGAGGCCAAGUUGCAGAAGUUUGACCUGUUUCCCAAAACGCUGCUUCAGGCAGGCCGCCCGGGCAGCCCGCAGCCGCCGCCGGUGAAGCCCUUAUCACCCGACGGCGCAGACUCGGGGCCUGGGACGUCGUCCCCAGAGGUGCGGCCCGGCUCAGGCUCGGAGAACGGUGAUGGCGAGUCCUUUUCGGGUUCGCCCCUAGCUCGGGCCUCCAAAGAGGCAGGUGGCAGCUGCCCAGGCAGCGCCGGCCCUGGUGGCGGUGGCGGCGAGGAGGACAGCCCGGGCUCCGCUAGCCCUCUGGGCUCUGAGUCCGGUUCAGAGGCUGACAAAGAAGAGGGUGAGGCCGCGCCGGCGCCGGGGCUGGGCGGAGGCUCGGGUCCACGGCAGCGGACGCCGCUGGACAUCUUGACACGCGUCUUCCCGGGCCACCGGCGAGGCGUCCUGGAGCUGGUGUUGCAGGGCUGCGGCGGCGACGUGGUGCAGGCCAUCGAGCAGGUGCUGAACCACCACCGUGGGGGCCUGGCUGCCGGCCUGGGCCCUGCGGCGCCCCCGGAUAAGGCCGCCGUGGGUGCUGCAGCAGCUGCAGACGAUGCGUGGCCCGGCCGCGUCGACGCCGCCGCCAGCGGGGGUCCUGGGCUGCCCGCUCCGCUGCAGGCCGGGCCCGCCGCACCCCCACACCACAGACCCUUGCUGGCCGGCGCCAUGGCGCCUGGAGCGCUGGGAUCGCUGAGCAGCCGCUCAGCCUUCUCGCCACUGCAGCCCAACGCCAGUCACUUCGGUGCCGAAGCGGGCGCCUACCCGCUGGGCGCGCCUCUCGGCCUCAGUCCGCUGCGCCUGGCCUAUUCCGCGGCGGCAGCGCACAGUCGCGGUUUGGCCUUCAUGGCUCCCUACUCCACUGCCGGCCUGGUGCCCACGCUCGGCUUCCGCCCGCCCAUGGACUACGCCUUCAGCGAUCUCAUGCGUGACCGCUCGGCCGCCGCUGCUGCGGCGGUGCACAAGGAGCCAACCUAUGGCGGCGGCCUGUACGGGCCUAUGGUCAAUGGCGCUCCGGAGAAGCAGUAGGGCAAGGGGCCUGGCAGCCGGCCGCUCCCCAAACAGGAAUCCCAGCCCUGUCUCCGCGGACCGCCGACCCCUCUUCGCCCAGCGCGCUCUCUGCGCCCUGGCUGGGGUCUUCUCACUCCAAGAUGGUUUUUGGGGUUUGUUUAGGAGGGUGGGUGGGGAAGGCUGAGCGAAGGGGGAGCAGCUACAGACAGGUGAAGGUGUUCUCGGAGAGGGUACGCGGCCUGGGUUCUCAUUUCCCACCUCUGGAUCCCUCUUCCAGCCUCACCCAGCCCGCUUUCCAAAAGGCCGGGAAUUCAUAAGAAUUCAGAGGCUGCGACAGCAGCGCAGGCUCCUGCGGCUCCUUAGCUGUGCUCAUCCGGCUCUCAGUGGAUGGCAGGAUAAUCCGAGAGUCUUUUCUGCGUCUCCCCAUCCCCCACUUUUUAAAAAAGAAUCUAAAUAUUCGCUCUAACAAAUAUAAAUUUAGGAUGUAUAAAUCUCUUGGCACUGAGUCGAGUCUUUGGGACACACAUAUAUAUCGAUACAAUUGUGGAAAAAAAAAGGAAACAAGUUCUAAGGUGCACUUUCCUAGUUGCGUUAUUUGUCGCUCUCUUUGUUGCUUACGCCGUUAAGCAUGGGUUUCCUUGGUGCAGUGUGUUUUUAUAUAUGUAUAAAUCUAUAUAUAAUCUAUACAUAUAUAUAUAUACAAGCCAGUGUAUAAUGUUAUAAAAUGGAAUUCUAAGUUAUUAAUUGUAAUCUGUAGGUGACCUCGAUAUUAACGUGAGAAACAUUCAAAAACAAGCAAAAAAAAAGGACAAAAUGGAAAAAAAAUUAGACUAUGCGCUCAUUGUACUUAUCAGGUUUAUAGAUUAAAUAUAUUGGAAACUCGGGACGAAUCCUGCCCACCUACCCCUCUUGCCUGCGGCUGGUCUGUCCCUAAGGAGCCGUCAAGGUGCGCACUGAAGCAGGAACAGAGCGAUGUGUGACUGAGCCAGAACCGCCCGCUCGCGGGCUCAUUCUCGCCUCCCGGGACUCGCCAAACGCCCUGACUGAAGGGCCGGCAGCGGAAAACGCUGCUCCGGAGCAGCACUUUGUGCUUUCCUUUGCAUAGAUAUGAGCUAGAAAUAAAUGUUAUUUUCUAAGAAAA